GUGGAUGCAAUCACUAUAGCUGGGCAUAAGUUCUAUGGUCCUCGAAAUGGCGCAUUAAUUCUGCGAUCCAAGUACACGUCCGAUAUUUUGCCUUGGAUGCAUGGCGGAGGACAAGAAAGGAAACUUAGAUCUGGCACUGAAAAUACACCAAUGAUUAUGGGUCUAGGAGCAGCUGCAGCGGCGUGUAAUACUGCAAAAAUAGAAGCACACCUUCGUGCUGUUCGGGACUACUUUGAAGGACAGCUAAAAGAGGCACUACCGGAAGAACAUGUAGUUCAUUUUGCCUCCUCUCCGCGGCUACCUAACACAAGUUCUGUGGCUUUUGUGAAAUAUCCAAAGCCAUCUACAGAUCUCAUGAGCAAGUGCAAGACAUUCUAUGCAAGUAGUGGGUCAGCUUGCCACUCGGGUGCAAUAAGUCCUGUUUUGCUUGCAUGUGGAAUCAGUAAAGAAAUGGCGGAAAGAACAGUACGAUUCAGUUUUGGCAGAGAAACCACAAAUGAGGAUGUGAAUCGGGUGGUGAAAGAGUUGAAAGCGAUGAUGUUCCUGGCAAAACAUGGAAGUUCGCUGAUGAAUGUCAUAAAUGCGGGUCCCGUUCCGGGAUUCUGA